AUGUCCUUCGUUGAUGAAGGUAAUGACGGCCAGUUUUCUGGUCGUUAUAACAAGAACAACCGUGACUAUGAUAAUGGUCAGACGGGACCCCGGCGCCCUAGGUUGGUGACCGACUAUGGGUCCUCCAUGGUGCAGUGGAUGCGAACGCGACGACCCCGAUACCAAGGCGAACAUCGUCUGGAGGCUGAGCGACCCAGUCACAGCUUCACGGUGGACAUGCUACCACCAAUUGCGCGAACUCAUUCACCAGCAGAUACCAUCCCCGUACGACAUCUUCAUCAGUCUAUAGGAAAGUCUAAGAAGCCAAUUGUCGUGGUGCGAUGGACCCCAGAAGGACGACGCUUGCUUACCGGUGGGCAUACGGGUGAAUUUAUGCUCUGGAAUGGAACAGCCUUCAAUUUCGAAACCGUCAUGGAUGCUCACUACGAUCAAGUGCAAGCAGGUGUCACAUCACUCGGCUGGUCACAUAGUCAAGAAUGGCUGAUCUCCGGAGGCCAAAAAGGCGACAUCAAGUACUGGCGACCCAACUUCAACAACGUCGAAACAAUCGACGACGCGCACCACGACGCCGUCCGCGACCUCUGCUGGGCCCCCAGCGACACGAAAUUCCUCUCCGCCUCCGACGACACGACCCUCAAAAUCUUCGACUUCACCUCCCGCACCUGCGACACCGUCCUAACCGGCCACAACUGGGACGUAAAGUCAUGCGACUGGCACCCAACAAAGGGCCUCCUGGUCUCCGGAUCCAAAGACCACCAGGUAAAAUUCUGGGACCCACGCACAGCGCGCUGUCUCACGACCCUCCACAGCCACAAGAACACAGUGACCACAACGCGAUUCUCCCGCGUAAACGGAAAUCUCCUCGCCACCUCCUCGCGCGACCAGACCGCCCGUGUCUUCGACCUGCGCAUGAUGCGCGACAUUUGCAUCCUGCGCGGCCACGAAAAGCCCGUCUCGUCCCUGACCUGGCACCCGAUUCACCCCAAUCUGAUCUCCACGGGUGCAGAAGACGGCUCGCUUUACCACUAUCUACUCGACGAGCCGCACCUGCCGACGGGCCAAGUUCCCACCGUCGCGCCGUACGAUAGUCCCGACCCGGCGAAUACGCCGGCGCAAGUCAUUUUCCCCGCGCACAAGGUGCAGUAUGCGCACGGUGCGACGAUCUGGUCGCUGGAUUGGCAUCCGCUGGGCCACAUCCUUGCGUCUGGGUCUAAGGAUAAUUUCACGCGGUUCUGGUCGCGGACUAGACCCGGUGAGACGGGGUACAUGUACGAUCGAUUCCAUAUAGGUGAAGAAGCUGCCGAGGCACAGGGGACCUACAAUCGGAAUAAUAACCGUCGACAAAUGCGCGAGGACGAGGAGCAGGAGAUACAAGAUGAGGCUGAUAGUCUGGUUGACCAGCGCCGGCCUGGUGGUGCCUCGCUGCCGGGUAUCAGUAGUGGUCCUGGGGAUGAGGGUGCUGGUUUUCUUCCUGGUAUUGGGGCUGCUCAGCCCCCGCCUCCGCCUCCUGGUCUUCCCGGAACGAUGGGUGGAAUGGAUCCUGGUCGUUUGGCUGCUAUUAUGGGGUCUCAGGGUCCUCCGGGUGGUCCUCCUGGGGGUCCCCCGGGGCCUGGUCCUGGUCCUGGUCCUAACCAAGGCGUGCCUCCGGGAUUUCCUAUGCUUCCGGGUAUGUCGGGCGGUGCUCCCCCGCCACCGAUGAAUGUCGAUAUGGCGCAGUUGCAGAAACAGCUUAUGGCGCAAGGGAUCCAGAUUCCUCCAGGUUUCAACCUCCAGAAUAUGGCGGGUGGGUUUGGCGGGCUACCUGGGCUGCAGGGAGGCCCUCCGGAUGGCGGACGUAGGUAA